CCUCGUGCUGUAAAAGGUCUAGUCCUCGAGAGAAGGCUCAAAACUAGCAGUUGUUCGAAGGUUUGGCAACCGCGAUGCGUGUGAAGAGAGACGGCUAGGGUGUGGAGUAGCACCACUGAAGUGCACCAGUCGUUCGUAUCAUUUUCCGAAUUAUUUACUGUGUGGCUCUGGUGAAUGACGAUUAUAGCAUGCAAUGACUUUGCACCAGUGGAUACAUCCGCUUUAGUUUAUUUGCUUGCUUUAUUAAUUUUUCCGCUUUAAAUGAAUGGCAUGUGCAUUUUGCGAGGCUACUUGAUGUGCCAUCGGGAGUGAGUGGUUUUGGCAAUAUGUGUCGCUGGAAUAUGGUAUGCACUCGCAGGGUUUAUGGAAUAUAGCCUGGUUUGUCACAAUCUGUAUGCGUUCUCAUUCAGCCCGGUGAAAAAUAAACUCUUUCUGCUCGGCAUCAUGUUUUUACUCUGGGUAUAUAUGCUCUACUCCUGCGUGGGCUACUGUGCCACCAUGCCAAGUUUGGUCGUGGACAAUUACCGGGGAAAGGAGACAGGGUCUGUGGUCGGUAAAAGGAUAGAGAAUAACGGCAGAGUGGACCUCAUGUCCAGACUGCUCCCUAGACCCCAACCCUGGGUGGAUAUAGAAUCCGAUUACGACGAACCCUCUGUCCGGACCUCCUCCAGAGACUUGCUCAAUAACGAUAUAGACGCGUACAGAGGCGCGGAGGACUGGGACGAGAUGAGGGGCGAGGGGCAGAGAGCUCCUGAGCCCGGUGCGAUGUCAAGUUUCUCCAACGGAUCAGGGAGCAAGAAGCUUCCCCAGGCGAUCAUCAUCGGUGUAAAGAAAGGAGGGACGCGGGCGCUGCUCGAGUUCCUCCGCGUGCAUCCAGACAUCCGAGCUGUGGGAGCCGAACCGCACUUCUUCGACCGCAACUACGAGAAUGGACUGGAGUGGUACAGGGAGCUGAUGCCCAAGACCCUGGAGGGCCAGAUCACCAUGGAGAAGACCCCCAGCUACUUUGUGACCAGAGAGGCCCCGGCCCGGAUCUCCGCCAUGUCCCGGGACACCAAGCUUAUUGUGGUGGUGCGGGACCCCGUCACCAGGGCCAUCUCUGACUACACGCAGACGCUGUCCAAGAACCCCGAUAUUCCCACCUUCGAGAGCCUGACCUUCAAAAACAGGACUACGGGGCUCAUCGACACAUCCUGGAGCGCCAUCCAGAUCGGCAUCUAUGCCAAGCACCUGGACAACUGGCUGCAGUACUUCCCCAUGGGUCAGAUCCUGUUUGUGAGCGGAGAGCGUCUGAUCAGCGACCCGGCCGGAGAGCUGGGCCGGGUGCAGGACUUCCUGGGACUCAAGAGGAUCAUCACAGACAAACACUUCUACUUCAACCAGACCAAGGGCUUCCCCUGCCUCAAGAAGGCUGAGGGCAGCAGCAAGCCCCACUGCCUGGGCAAAACCAAAGGGCGGACCCACCCCAACAUCCACCCUGAGGUGGUGCAGAGGCUACGGGACUUCUACAGACCUUUCAACAUGAAGUUCUACCAGAUGACAGGACAUAACUUUGGUUGGGAUUGAUGGAUGGGAAUUUGGGAAGACACAUUGUUUUUUUUCUCUCUCUGUAAUUCAAUGAAUGGCAAAAAAAGACAUGCGAGAUAUUGCUAUAUAUAUAUGUAAAAUGUACAGAAAUCUAUUUUAUAAUAAUUUAUUUUUAUUUCUAAGCAAUUAAUUCACUAAGCUGCCUAACCAUAUUGUACAUACAUAGCAUCUGGCCCACAUUUAUUUCCUAGUUGUUGUUUUUUUACAUUCCACAUUUUAUUUUGUUUCUUUAUUCUUCCCUUAAUGGUCCCUCAUGUCAACUCAGUAGAGUUAAAAUGGUCCCUCAUGUCAACUCAGCAGAGUUAAAAUGGUCCCUCAUGUCAACUCAGCAGAGUUAAAAUGGUCCCUCAUGUCAAUUCAGCAGAGUUAACAUGUCAACUCAGCAGAGUUAAAAUGGUCCCUCAUGUCAACUCAGCACAGUUGAAAUGGUCCCUCAUGUCAACUCAGUAGACUUAACAUGUCAACUCAGCAGAGUUAAAAUGGUCCCUCAUGUCAACUCAAUAGAGUUAAAAUUGUCCCUCAUGUCAACUCAGUAGAGUCAACAUGUCAACUCAGCAGAGUUAAAAUGGUCCCUCAUGUCAACUCAGCAGAGUUAAAAUGGUCCCUCAUGUCAACUCAGCAGAGUUAAAAUGGUCCCUCAUGUCUACUCAGCAGAGUUAAAAUGGUCCCUCAUGUCAACUCAGUAGAGUUAAAAUGGUCCCUCAUGUCAACUCAGUAGAGUUAAAAUGGUCCCUCAUGUCAACUCAGUAGAGUUAAAAUGGUCCCUCAUGUCAACUCAGCACAGUUAAAAUGGUCCCUCAUGUCAACUCAGUAGACUUCACAUGUCAACUCAGCAGAGUUAAAAUGGUCCCUCAUGUCAACUCAAUAGACUUAAAAUGGUCCCUCAUGUCAACUCAAUAGAGUCAACAUGUCAACUCAGCAGAGUUAAAAUUGUCCCUCAUGUCAACUCAGCAGAGUUAAAAUGGUCCCUCAUGUCAACUCAGCAGAGUUAACAUGUCAACUCAGCAGAGUUAAAAUGGUCCCUCAUGUCAACUCAGCACAGUUAUAAUGGUCCCUCAUGUCAACUCAGUAGAGUUAAAAUGGUCCCUCAUGUCAACUCAGUAGAGUUAAAAUGGUCCAUCAUGUCAACUCAGUAGAGUUAAAAUGGUCCCUCAUGUCAACUCAGUAGAGUUAAAAUGGUCCCUCAUGUCAACUCAGUAGAGUUAAAAUGGUCCCUCAUGUCAACUCAGUAGAGUUAAAAUGGUCCCUCAUGUCAACUCAGUAGAAUUAAAAAGCAGAUAAGUAAUAAUUGGUAACUGGAAUAAGAAUAUAAGGAUAUUGAUAAAGGCACCAUUUCACAGGUAUAGUGUUCACAGAACAGUGAUGAAAAACCCAUUCAUGUACAUUCUGAUUUAAACGUUUAUAAUCACUUUCACGUCCAAUAGCCAUAAUUAGCCCCCCCCCCCACACACAUUGUUCCUUGUCUAGUUACCCCUAUGAGUUUCUGUUCCAUCCAUUCAAAAUGUUGUGCUUCAUAUUGUGAGUUACCCCCAUCCACAUCCCAUUAUUCUACCGUCCCAUUGGUCAAACCAGCUGAUCUCCUGCCCUGUCAUUGGCCUAACCAGCUGAUCUGAUGUCCCUUUCAUUCAAUAACAGGUGGAUCAAUUGGCCUAAUUGCUCCUCAUUGUGUCAGACAUGGUUAAAGGGUACGUCUGGCCUCCCUCUUGUAGAGCUCCUACAGCCUGUUCUAAUGAAUCCACCAAAGGCCUAAAUCCUAUUUCUGACAGCAUCACUUUGAUAGGGCUCCAUGUUGACAUGAUGCUAAUGGAAUAACGUUACUGAGGUCCAUCGAUUCAGGUCUCCUCUACACUAUACUCUUGCUCUCAUUACAAGACACUGUUGGCUCAGAGCCAAAGGUCAUACAAAGUCCCAAUUAAAUUAGCUCUGAGAGACGUUUGAUUUGUCGAAGAGACAGAGAGGGGAGGACACUCUGGGUCAGGGGAGGACUGUAGUAUUGUCCUUGAAUGCAUCCCAAUUGGCACACUCAUUCCCUAUAUAGUGCACUGCUUUUGACCAGAGCCCAGUGACCCAUGCUCAAAAGUAAUGCAAUAUACAGGAAAUAGGGUGCAAUAUACAGGAAAUAGGGUGCCAUCUGGGACACAGUGCAAGCGCAUGGCCUGAGUUGAGGUAGGAGCGAGCAGUGGCCUAUACAUCUGUCUGAUACAGAGCAUAACGGUAGAGAUGAUAGAAAAACCACUGAGCGCUCUGCUUCACUGGAACACAUCAUCCUCAAACAGGAUCGUCAGGCCUCAGAUCAGAUCUUGAAAUGCGUCCCAAAUGGCACCCUAUUCCCUAUAUGGUGCACUGCUUUUUACCAGAUGUCAAAUGACAAUACUUUUGGGCCUUUGGUCUAAAGUAGUGGACUAUGUAGGGAGUAGGGUGCCAUUUGGAGCGCAUACACAGAUCAAAGGGAGAGUUUCUGAAAUACUCUCUGCGGGAACGGCCUCGGGCGAAGAUACAGAACAUCACUGUUGUCAUGGUAAUACUUCAUUAUGGUAUGUCUAUGGUCUAUAUAGUUUGCCUUAUUCAACCCUUCAUCCUAACAUUGUUUCUUUCAUAGUUUCAUAUUGGAUCUCAAUUCGCUCCUACUUGUUGCCAAAAAAAUACUUUUUCAGAGUAUGGAGCUCAGAUAACAAGUUACCUAGGCUACACUGCAGCUUGAGUCACUAUCUUUAUCUUUUGAGCUUUUCUUUUUUUGGUUCUUUGUUUUUCUCAAUGCUUCUUUGUUAUUGUUUGUCUUUCUGUCUGAAUUCUUGAUAUGCAAGAGACAGUCUGGCGUUAUCAUUCAGCGAUGUACAUGCUGGCCCAUACCCUCGCAGGUAGUGUCUACUUCAGAGUCAUACUAUGCUCUUUAGGGGAUAAGAGGGCUGAUUCUGCUUCUCAAAUGGUACCCUACACCCCAUAGUGUAUUACUUGUGACCAGGGCCCAUGGUUUUUACCUCGAACUAGUGGAUGGUAGCAUACUAUGGUAGGUGGAUGGUAGGGCUUGUCCUAACAUUGUACUGUCCCUUAUUCACAUAUAGUGUCUUUUUUCCACCAAGGAAUUGACACUUAUUUUCAAUUAUCAUGCCUAUAUGGAUAACGCCUCAAUCUCUCCUUCUCUCCUUAUAGUGCAAUGGUUUUUGAAAGCAUUUAAAAUGGUCUUUAUAUAGAGCAGGGAAACCAUGUGAGAAUACAAGUUAUCACAUUCUGAAUUGGAAUAAUGUUGAUCUUUCUCCCUGUAAUGGCUGGAUUAGGGGAGGCUGGGGCAGUUACCCCCUGUUACAUUUGCCUCCGGUCUCCCCUAAUGCACUUGAAUUCUGAUCUUGGUCAUGUUACUAAGAGAAAGGGGUUACGUCCCAAAUGGCACUCUAUUCCCUAUUUACUGCACUACUUUUGACCAGGGCCUUUGUGGAUCUGGUCAAAAGUAGUGCACUUUUAUUGGGAAUAGGGUUCCAUUUGGGACGCAUUCUAUCUUAAAAAUGUGCACUCAUGGUCAUGGUCCACGCGGCUGCAUCCAUUCUGGUUGACUUUUACUCAACCCUUUUAGAGCUCUACAAAUGUUAGUGAUGUUUGUCUUAUUCCCAUCCGCAUAUAAUAUGGUUAAAACUUAGACGUUUAGCAGAUUGUGUAUGUAUAAAAAAUGAAAAAGAACAUGUAAAUCAAGUAUUUUGUGGUAUCAUGUACAUCAAAUGAAUUAAUUUUACACAGUGAAAGAGCAAAAUGGAACAGAUGUUUCUAGAUAAUUCAAUACUGAACAUUCAUACUAUUUCUUUGUAUGAAGAAAUAAAUAAAAAAGUAUAUAUUUUA